CAUUUACAGUGCCUGCCCAAAGAUAGCUUAUCCAAACAUAGCCCGACAUAAAUCAUGCGGAUUUCCUUUUGUCUUCAUUACAACCCACCGUAAAUCAAAAUCUUCUUAAAAGAAGAGCCCUAACAAACAAUCAAAUUUCUAAUCCAGCAACCUGCCUUGCUCAAAGUUUCACCAAUCAAUUUUAUAUUGUUUUAACAUGGAUCGCCCUUCUUCUUCUUCUUCUUCUCUGUCCAAGACGGAGGAGCUAGACUCGCCCCUCCAUGCGGUCGGAUUCGAGCUCGAAGACAUAUCCGCCAGCAGGGUCACCGGCAAGAUCCUCGUCUCCCACAAGUGCUGUCAGCCGUUCAAGGUGUUGCACGGCGGGGUGUCGGCGAUGAUAGCGGAGUCGCUGGCGAGCAUCGGGGCCUUCGUCGCGUCUGGCUACAGGCAGGUGGCCGGGAUUCAUCUGAGCAUCAACCACGUGAAGAGCGCGGUGAUCGGCGACCUCGUCCGGGCCGAGGCCACCCCUGUCAGCCUCGGCAAGACCAUUCAGGUAUGGGAGGUGCGGCUAUGGAAGGUGAGCCCGGACGGCUCCGGGAGCGAAUCCAUGGUGUCGUCAUCUAGGGUUACUCUCAUCUGCAGCAAGCCCGUCCCCGAGCAUUUGAAGGGCGCAGAAAAGAAAUAUAAGAAGUACGCUAAGCUCUAACUGCUGAUGUACACAAUCAGCAGCUCGCUGCGAUGAACAAACUUGAAAGUUCAGGCCGGAUAUAUUUGUAUUAUCUUAGUUCCUAUGAACCAAAGAGUUAUGCA